AUGAUGGCCUCGGGGCUCGAUCUGACCUACUUGCAGCGGGACGACGGGGAUGAGCCCGCAGCCUCCUCGAUGGCCUCUGGCUCUGUGUCCGGCUCAGGCUUCAGGGCAAACACCAGCGACACCACGACGAAUGACACUGGUUACAGCACCACCAGCCGCAACGAUUUCGCGGGAGACAGCAGUACCGGGAUCGGAGCCGAAGAAGAACAGCGCCAGCAGGACGUCUACCGUUCGCUGUACGACAACCCGGGCUCGUGCCUCAUGGACGAGACGGGACACCAGCCACAGCAUCUACAGCAGCAUCUACAGCAGCAGCAGCAGCAGCAGCAGCAGCAGCAUCAGCAACAGCAACAACAGAAUGAUCAGUUUAUCGAACAACAAAAUGAUAAUACAGAACAGGAGCGGCCGUGGACGGAGCUCAAGACCAAGGCGGGCAAGGAAAGAAAGCGGCUACCGCUCGCCUGCAUUGUCUGCCGCAGAAAGAAGAUCCGCUGCUCGGGAGAGAAACCGGCGUGCAAGCACUGCUAUCGCUCGAGGAUUCCGUGUGUAUACAAGGUCACCACCAGAAAGGCGGCCCCGCGAACAGACUACAUGGCCAUGCUCGACAAGCGUCUCAAACGUAUGGAGGAACGGGUCAUGAAGGCCAUCCCGAAAGAUGAACAGCGCGACAUGGUCGCCAUCGGACGGGCGACCGUCAAGCCUCUGCCACCAGGGCACGCCUCCCGUCCGGCUCGGGCAUCCCUCAAGAAGCGGACCGCGACGGAGGCCUUCAGCGCAGAGCUCAGCGAGUGGACGAAGCCGCUCACUUUAGCGAUGCCAAACACUCAACCAGGGCAAGCGGAGCAGCAGGUUGGGCCUCCGGGAAAAGGGCAGGAUAUACGGACAGACAUGCCCGCUCUGCAUGUCAACACAGAGCACAAACUGCUCUCACAAGGAGUCGAGUUUUUACCUUCCAUGGAGCUGCAGGAACACCUCGCAGAAGUGUUCUUCGACUGUGUUUACGGCCAGUCCUACCUCCUACUACAUAAACCAAGCUUCAUGCGCAAGCUCAAGGCCGAUGCGGUUCCGCCAGUCCUUACGCUUGCCAUUUGUGCUGUCGCCGCCCGCUUCUCUACGCAUCCGCAAGUUAACAACACCGAACCAGCCUUCCUACGAGGCGAGUCCUGGGCCAACGCCGCUGCAGACAUCGCCCUCGCUCGACACGAUCAACCCAACAUCACCAUUCUCACCGUCUUUCUCAUCCUUGGCCUUCACGAAUUCGGCGCUUGUCAUGGCGGUCGAAGCUGGUCGUUUGGCGGAAUGGCCUUGCGCAUGGCUUAUGCCCUUCAGCUGCACAAGGAACUUGACCGUGACCCUCUAGGGCAAGGCGGGAGUGCUUCAGAGCUUAGUUGUACUGACAGAGAAAUCCGACGACGUACCAUGUGGGCAUGUAUCCUUAUGGAUCGCUACAAUUCUUCCGGCAGCCAGAGACCACCCAUCGGUAAUGAGAAGUUUUUACAGAUCCAGCUACCCAUCAAAGAAUCCCAUUUUUGGCGUGAGAUACCGGGCCCGACCGAAGAUCUAGAUGGGGCGGUACCCAAUCCCGUACCUGAAGGUGUAGGACAGCUCUCGAACCCAAAGAACAACAUGGGCAUAUCCGCAUACAUCAUACGCGGUAUCAUGCUCUGGGGAAAGAUCGUUGACUACCUUAAUCUAGGUGGGAAGGCUAAAGACCCAUACAGACUAUGGGAGCCAGAAUCUGGAUACAGUCAGCUGAAACGAUUGCUCAAGGACUUUUCCUCUUCCUUACCAGAGUGUCUUGUCUUUAACUGGGAAAACCUACAGAACUACGCUGUAGAGAAGAUUGCAAACCAGUUCAUUUUCCUGCAUAUUGUCAUUCAUCAGAAUACUCUCUUUCUCAACCGAUUCGCCAUCCCGCUCUCCCCUCGAGGUCGUCCGCCCAGAGACAUCCCCAAACAGUUCCUAAGCGAGGCCGGCAAAGCGGCAGUCGAAGCUGCGAGCCAUAUUUCCAUGCUUAUCGAUCAGGCAUCUGGUUAUAUGCUCACCGUUCCCUUCGCUGGCUACUGUGCUUAUGCAGCGAGUACGGUGCACAUCUGGGGAAUAUUCUCGAAGAACCCACAGCUAGAAGCUGCUUCCAAGGAGAACUUUAGGCACACAUACAAAUACCUAAACAAGAUGAAGCGUUACUGGGGUAUGUUUCACUACAUGGUCGAGAGUUCCAAGGAGAGGUACAGACAUUUCGCAGAAGCCUCUCUUUGCGGUCGUACGGUCCCUGAAAGCAUGAAGGACGGUAACAACCAGGAUGUGCCUAUUUUCCAGUACGGAGAUUGGUUUGACAAGUAUCCGCAUGGAGUAUCGAAGCUGCGUUGGGAAGAUCCGGACAUAGACGUCAAAAAGGAGAGCGGUAGCGAUGCCGUAAUGUCCCAGCAGUCUGACCUCCAGAGUGUCGAAGAGUUCUUCACCAGCAUGUCACCUACAUCACCAUCUGAUGGGCCUAGAAAGGAAGCUAAACGUGCAGGCCCUACAACCCCAUCAGAGAAGGCAAGGCCAAAGCUUGGAUCAAGGGGUAAUACUAAAUCGCAAUCUUCUAGCAAUUCGGUACAAUCCCGAAUGGUAACGAAUUUGUCCUCCCCAGAGCGACAGCAGCAGCCGCAGCAGCAGCAACAGCAUCAUCAGACACCCCGGUCACAGCCAAUGCAACAACCGCCCUCCACACAUCCCGUCAGUUCUCAGAUUCCUGCACAGCAGGAGCCUAUGCCAAAUCAUGUUACCAAUAGCUAUACAACUUACAACAACCCAAACAUGUACCCUGCCGACCCUUCUUCCUACGUAUCCGACUAUAAAUUCCACGCUCAUCCUGAUCCCCUACCGCAAUUAGACCGACAACUUGUUUAUGAUGCCUAUGCGGGUGUCGAAGCUAUACCCCAUCAUCCUAUUCCCAUGCCAUCAUCCAAUAAUCCCACCAUCCAAUCACAGCACCCAGCCGGACCACAACCACAACCAGGACACGCCCCAGACCCCAACAUUAGUAACUCUUAUUGGAACAACGGCAACAAUAACAAUUACCAGUCCUACGACAUGCAGCCGCCCAUGAAUUGGAAUGGCGAACUAAUACAGUCCAGCGCAUGGUUCUUGCCUUUCAACCUUGACCCAACCGGCCUUGACGCCCACGCUUCCCAGCCAGGUGACCCAGCAGGCAUACCAGCAGGACCUUCCCAUUCGCCUCCAAAUCCAGUCGUUUCCUCCGGCAUGAGCAUGAGUGAAAGCGACUAUUACGGCUCUCCGACAAUAAUGCAACCGGUUGGCAUGGGUCUAGGUAUGGUUGAGGGUGUACCUGGUAUGCCGGAAACUCUCCGGGAGAGAGUGGGCUGA